AUGAUGCAGCUCAUCUGUACGGCCACCAGCGUCACCCUGCCUCCCCUGGCAUCUCCGUGCCCGAAGGAAGCCAACCAGGAGCUACUGAACGACGGCAGCUGCUGGACCAUCAUCGGCACCGAGAUGGUGGAGUACACCUUCAGCGAGAGCCUGGCCUGCGCCCGCGAGCCCGUCAGCCCCGUGCCGCUCAUCGCUGCCCUGCAGCUGACCGGCGGCGGGGAUCUGGCCAUGCUGGAGGUGCAGGGCGAGCAAUUCCACGCACACCUCAAGGUCUGGUUCGGAGACAUGGAGGCAGAGACGAUGUCCAGGAGCCCCACAUCCCUGAUGUGUGUCGUCCCCGAUGUCUCCACCUUCGGCAGUGACUGGAGGUGGCUGCGAUACCCCAUCACAGCUCCGCUGAUCAGGGAUGAUGGCCUCAUCCACUCCAGCUCGUUCACCUUCACCUACACCCCGGAGCAGAGCCUCCUGCUGGGACAGCCGGUCCCUUCGGACAUCCCGCAGGACUCGGACACACUGCUCGACAGCAUCCACCAGGAGUUCACCAGGACCAACUUCCACCUCUCCAUGCAGAGCUAGUGAGCGGGGCCAGCAGCGCUCUGCCUGCCCCCAGCCCUGGGGACAGGAGUGUCCCUGAGCCACGUCCGCAGGCUGGGGUGGCCCUGCCCGAGCAUCCUCCCCAUACAUCC